UUGAAUCAGAAGAUGUCUAUUUGACUUCUUCAAGCACCUUGAGGGCAGUCUGUGUGUCCUGUUUACCUUUCUAUCCCCUCAGCAUUUUUCCUGGACCAGAAUGAAAGCUCAGCAGACACUGGCAGAAUAAAUGGAUUACACUUAGAAAUGGUCAGGCUGUGUUCUUGUUUUUCAUUUUAAAAACAAGAUUAUUGUGUUAUGUGACAAGACUGAGUCUUAUACACCUUUGUGUCUUUGUGUCCCUACAGGACUUUGCAUAGAGCUUGGCACAUUGCAGGUGCUCAAGCAGCAUUGAUGGCAUUGAAUGGAACAAAAGAGAUACCUACAAAGACUGAAAAUGGUGUUUGGUCUGUGCUGCCAGAGAGAGAGGCUAUACAAGUUCCUGUAUGUGGUACACAUCUUCAUUCUUGCAGGAGUGGUGUACUACUAUUUUCAGGGGUGUGUGGGGAAAACAGCCCCUGACCAUGAGAUUGCUGGGGAAUCAUCACAGCCCUUAGGGGAGACCUUAAGGCCAGUGUGGGGACUGAUGGAUAAAUGCUACCCUGUGACCACUCAGAGACACAGAGUCAAGAGUGGGGAGAAGCAAGACUCUGAGGCCAUGACCCCCAAGGCAACAGGAGGACCGAAUGAUGCUGCCCCCAAGGAGGAGACUGAUAGCUUAUCUUCGGAUGAGGGGGAGAUGAGGUCCCCAGGAGAGGAGGCAGGCAGCCCCAUUCCUUCCCCCAUUCCUGCUGGGAAGGAGGUAUCUGAGGAGGAGGAGGCGGCAGGGACCCCAGGCUGGGAGGAAAAUAAAAAGGUCCGAAAGGAGAUUGCUGCAUAUACUUCUGAGGCUUCUGAGGUGGACAUCAUGGAGGAAAGCCCUGGGGGCUGGGUCCCCCAGCUCCUGAGGAAGCUCUGGCUGGGCUGGUUCCCAGCCUCUGACAUCCCCAAGACUCAGAGCCACGAAUGACACAACAUCCAAUAAAUCCACAGUUGCUGCUUCUGCAGGCCUGGCUGCUUCCUUUCAGGGGCCUCAAGUUUCCACAACCUCAGUGUGGUUUCAUCCACGCUCCCUGUUCCAAUAAGCUGCAGGAACACCACCUCCUGCCACUAAGCCCACGACAGGGGAUACGCUGGAGACUGAACGGGGCCCUGGCUGGUCUUCUGACUCAGUGCCAAGGGAGAGGCCAAGUUCCCUUAAUGCUAAGAGCUGUGGAGCUCACUGUCAUGAAGGCGAAAGUGGCCUGGCUGGGGGCGGUGCUUCUGCCUUGGGUGUCUGUGGUCCCCGAGCUGUUAACCUAAAUGUACCAGGAAGUCUGCUUACGACUCAGGUAAGCAGACAGUCAUCAGAAGCCCCUGGGUGGUGCCUGUGCAUGCUUAGAGUCCAGAACAAACUGUCAGGGUGGUGGGCACAGGUAGAGGGUGGCAGUCCCCGCCCUCAGCUAGGGCUGCAGGCUAAUGAGGUCCCAGCCCCAGAGUCAGAGCAGGAAGACAGGCCCCAGCAGCCAUCUGGUGCAAACUUCUCAUUGGCUGAAGGGGAAAUAGAAGCUUGAGGUCACACAGUGUCGUAGCAGAGCGAGGACUGGAGCCAGGGUGUCCUCCUCUGAGCUCCGCACCUGGCCUCCUUCUGCCCUGGCCACCCCAUUGUCACAUGGGCCCAAGGUUGACCCCUGUCCCUAGGGCAUGCCUGUGGCCCACAGGGGCUCAUUCCCUGCCCCUGCCAAGCCUCCUGAGUGCCUGGCCUGACCGGGCCACUCAGAGGACGGAGCCCCGGGUUGGAGCCUAGAUGAGUGUCCUCCCACUCCAGCGUGGCCAUGAGUGGCAACUCCUAUUGGGCAGGGGCUGGGAGAUGAGCAUCCCUAAGGGGCAGGGAAAGGGGGCCCAUCCUAUCUUGGGGUGACUAAGAGGCCCAGGGAGGUGGCUCACUCCUGGGCUGCCAUCAGGCUUCCCAGGGAGAGCUCUGGCAUCUGAAGACCGAGCUGCAGGUGCUAACCCAGCACAUUGCUUCCCAGCCAUCCCUGAGUUCGCCACCUUUUGGGGCAGCAGACUUGAUGGUGCUGGCUGAGCUGCUGGCCUGUGGUGCAAGCUGAGUGUGGCUGGGCCUGAAAUGUGGGCAUCCAGGUUGAGUGGGGCCCUCCUCAUCCCCACUGGGGCCUGAAAUCUCUCACCAGCCUAUUCUAGUUCCUUCCGGCAGAAGCCAGGACCUAUUUAUAGACUUUGUCACUAACCCAAGUAACCAGUAUUGGGUCUCCAAGGGUGACUAGGGGGUAAGGUGUCACCUUCUGAGCCUCGGUAUACCCAUCUCUCAAAUGGGGUCAAAUGCCAGGUAAGGAUGGAUGAGGCAGG